AUGAGUGAUUCAUCAACUUUGCGAUCAUCACCAACACGAACUCAUCGAUCGUCCAGAUUAAGCACUAUCGGCAGUGAGGCUAACGAUAAAAAACGUUCCAUUCGUGGUCGACGUUCAAGUAUGUCUGUAAAAGAAGUUAUAGAUGGCGUUGAAAUUACGAAAGAUGUGAUUAUUGGAGAUGACAUCUCUAAAGUAAAUGAAAAAAAUUCUUCCCUUCUGUCUAUAAAAAUGGCUGCUAUAGAAGAAGAAGAGAAACAUUUGAUGAAUUACAUAAAGAAAUUGCAAAAUGAAAAAGAAGAGUGGGACAAGAUGCUGCAGAACUAUGAGAAGAGUGUCGUUGUUGCGAAAAAGU